AGAGCACGAAUUGCCUGCGAAUUCCAAUACGAAAGGCUCUCCAGGCGUAUUUCUAUCUUGAAACCAUCAUACACACAUACACAGCCGGUAGAUCAGCAAAAUGAGCCAGACACCGUCAACCCCUGUGAAGGUGCCACCUUCGGCCGCGAACCACUCAGCAGCAACUCUAGAUCCAGAGCUGAGAUCACAAAUCAACACAUUACUGCUUAAGGACGGUCAUGUCACAAAAAUCCAAGAACAGCUCCUCCACUCCCUCCACGCGAACCAAGCAAACUGGCCCACCCUGAUCCAGAACCAUGCCCUCAACCUCCUCCGCACAGGCGAAGUUUCAACCUUCCCAGACCUCCUCCGCCGCGUCCUCGACGACGUCCGCCAGGACACCCUCGACCCCUCAGCCCCCUCCACCGCAUCCCCCUCAACAGCAAAAACAAAUGGCGCAGCGUCGGAGAAGGAAAAGGACAAGGAGAAGAAGACGAAUGGCACUGCCUCCUCCACGCCGGCGCCCAGCGCAGACCCGAGUGUACAGCCGAACCUGGCAAUCCCUUCGGCUGUUAUUGACGAGGCUAUCAAGGUCACACAAGAAAGCCUAGAGGCUGUCUGCGAGAUUGACGGUGCCAGCUGAGGAUGAGGAGGCGUGCGUUUGGUGCAGAGAAGGUGGUAUCACCGUGGAUGGGGGAGAAGAGGUUAUGGCGGCAGACCUUGGGAGGAGAUGGUCACAACAGGUGACCAACAAAUGAGUGCCGUCUGAGGUUAGGAAACAGCGCCACUGCGAUGCUCACGAGACGAUUCACCCAGAUGUGAAGUGCUCACAGAGCACAUCUUCGCUGGCUGGUUUGAGCAG